AUCCAGCGCAAAGCGCAACUAUACAAUAAAACUUUGAACGUGAACUUUGGAAAGCUAUUUCACACAGUUUUCUAAUGUAAAUUGGAAAUAUUACACACUCACAUACCAUUCCGGACUGAUACAGCACAAGAAUUAAGUAUCCAAAUAAGUUAUCAUGACAAGUGAAGAUCUAAAUCAUCUAGGUAAUGAUCCUGGUGCUGUGAAAUUUGGUAAUUUUAUCAACUAUUACUCAUUCCAUAAUGUGGAGCACAGAACGAAUAACUUAAACAAACAAAUGUUCCCCGCACCUGCAGCUAAUGAACCAUUCUUGUGCUUAGACAUUGGCUGCAACACGGGAGAACUUACAAAAGACUUAUAUCAAUACUUGAAAACAAUUUACCCAGAAAAUGAUAUACACAUGCUGGCCGUUGACAUUGACCCAACACUGAUCGCAAGAGCACAAGAAACAAUUCAAAUCCCUAAUAUUACAUUUAUAACUUGCAAUAUUAUGUCUGAUAAUGACCAGAAAACAAUUAAAGACUAUUUGAAAGGCUAUCAGAAAAAGAGAUUUGAUGUAACUUUCUGUUUUUCUGUCACAAUGUGGAUACAUCUUAAUAAUGGAGAUGAUGGUCUAUUAGAUUUUAUCAACUAUAUAAAAAAAAAAUCUAGAUCAAUUAUUAUAGAGCCGCAACCAUGGAAAUGUUACAGAAAUGCCCAAAGAAGAUUGAAAAAAUCUGGUAGCACAUUCCCCUUAUAUGAUUCAUUAAAAAUCAGAAGCGAUGUGGAGUUUGUCAUAGAAAAUAAGGUUAAUGAAGGCACACAUGAGAAAGUAUGUGGUUCUCUGAACCCAUCAUGGAAUAGAAAGAUUUUAAGUUUUCAUAACAAGGAAUUGAUUACAGAAUAAAAAAAGUAUUUUGUAGAUAAUAAUCAUUUUUAUUGUUUAUUUAUAAUAAAAAAUAUGGAUAAAGUGAA